CGAUAUACACCACGACCGCCUCAAAUAUCUCUCAGCAGGAUCACUGAAGAGAGAAGAAAUCAGAGAGGACCUGAAUGUGUUACCAUGGUGACCACUCACACACACAUCACCCUGUCACUCCUGCUGUUCCACAUUGUCCCGGCCACAACGACUCAGGUUGAUGACCUCAUCGAUGACGUCAUUGUCGCCACGGACCGCGGCAGAGUCCGGGGCACUCGGCUUCCCGUGCCAGGUGGUGGAUAUGUCAGGGCAUUCCUGGGAGUUCCCUAUGGGAAACCCCCCGUUGGGGAACUGCGUUUUCACCCUCCUCAGCCUGCAGAUGGGUGGACAGGGGUACAACACGCCACACGCUACCCCAACUCCUGCCUCCAACCCCAGGAUACAUUAUUUCCUGGGUUCCGUGGAGCUGAGAUGUGGAACACCAACACCAAGAUGAGUGAAGACUGUCUCUACCUCAACAUAUGGACUCCUCCCCCUUUGUUUAAGACACACCCUAAACGUUCCAAGAGCUCCUCCCCUGGUUCUUCAUUAGCUCCUGUCAUGGUGUGGAUAUACGGAGGCGGGUUCACUACAGGCACCGCCUCCCUAGACCUGUAUGACGGACAAUUCCUUAGCCAAUCAGAAGGCGUCGUGGUGGUGUCUAUGAACUACAGGCUCGGUCCAUUGGGUUUCCUGUCUCUUCCUGAGAGCGAGGGUAUCCGUGGUAACGCUGGAAUGCUGGACCAACGCUUGGCUCUGUACUGGGUAGCCAAUAACAUUGCUGCCUUCGGCGGAGACCCUUCUAAGGUGACGUUGUUUGGGGAAAGUGCUGGCUCUGCGUCUGUGGGUCUCCAUCUCCUCUCCCCUGGCAGCCAUGGUCUGUUCAACAGGGCAAUACUACAGAGUGGUUCCCCUAACACUCCAUGGGCUGUCAUGACUCAACAGCAGGCCUGGAACAGGUCCCUGUCCCUGGGUAGGCUGUUGGGUUGUCCCCUGGCACCUCUGGCUGUCCUGGAGCAGUGUCUACAGAGAGCCCAUCCAGAGGAUAUCAUCAAGCAGCAGUACAACGUCCUCUCUCUCCCCACAAUCCUAGCAUUACCAUUCACCCCCUCUGUCGACCAUAACUUCCUACCAGACAUGCCAGAGGUUCUGCUCCGGACGGGACACUUCCUGAAGACAGAGGUGCUGAUUGGUUUGAACCAAGAUGAGGGGACCUACUUCCUGGUUUACGGGGCGCCAGGAUAUGACAUCACUAGCCAGAGCCUGAUCAGCAGGGAGAACUUCCUGAAAGGGGUGGACCUAGUGUUGCCGGGAUUCAGUUAUUUCACGAGGGAGACAGCCAUCUUCCAGUACACUGAUUGGACGGAUGAGAAUAGUGGGAUGAAGAAUCGUGAUUUGCUUGGGCGAAUGUUGGGAGACCAUGAUUUUAACUGCCCUGUGCUGGAGUUUGCCCAGAGGUACACAGAACAUGGAGGUAAGGCCCACCUCUUCCUGUUCAAUCACCACUCCUCCACCAAUCCCUGGCCAGCAUGGAUGGGCGUGAUGCAUGGCUAUGAGAUUGAGUUUGUCUUUGGAAUGCCGCUGAACAGAACCCUGGGAUACCUGGAGGAGGAAGUGGUCAUGAGCAGGAGGAUGAUGAAGUACUGGGCCAACAUGGCUAGGACCGGGAACCCAAGCAUAGAGGAAGGGGAUUGGCCACUUUUCACCGUGGACCAACAGGAAUACAUCACCCUAAACUCAUCCCCUCCACACACACAAAAGAGGCUUGCAGCUCAUCAAUGCCAGUUCUGGAACAACUUCCUCCCCAAACUGCAGGACGUCACUGUGAGCGUAGAUGAGUUAGAACAACGAUGGAGAAAUCACUUCCAUCGUUGGAUGUCGUACAUGUUGGAGUGGGAGAAUUACUACUCUGACCACAGCCUGAGCAGCCCAGAGGGUCAGAAGCAGCAGGACUGUGACCGGAGGCCCUUGGAGCACUAGACCUUUGACUGAACCCCUCAACCCAUCAAGACUAACUUAAAAAUGAUACUUUGCUUUUCAAUGAGACAAUACAUUUUGUCUCGCAAAGAAACGUUCACAACCACCACUCUCCUGUUACUUUACCCCACCAAUCAUAUCUACUGUUACUUUACCCCACCAAUCAUCUCUCCUGUUACUUUACCCCACCAAUCAUAUCUCCUGUUACUUUACCCCACCAAUCAUCUCUCCUGUUACUUUACCCCACCAAUCAUCUCUCCUGUUACUUUACCCCACCAAUCAUCUCUCCUGUUACUUUACCCCAC